UCGAAACGCCAAACAUGUCAGCCACUUUCGGAAUUCUUAAUUACAUGCGUUUUGACCAUUUCGCCCUUCCCCUCCCCUUUUAAUACCAAAACCUCCCUUCACGCCUUCUCAGUUCUCAGUUCUCACAGCAACAAAAUGUCGAAAGGAGGAAAACUAACGAAGCUCAAGUCACUCAAGUCAGUGCUCAAGAAGUGGAACUCGUUCAGCUCCAAACACAGCCGCGAAAGCGUCGCCGCCGAUGACGACGACGGCGAGUCCCCGUCGCUCCGCCCCGUGUACGUGGGGAAGACGCGGCGGCGGUACCUCGUGAGCGCGGAGGUUGUCGGGCACCCGCUGUUCCGGGAGCUGGUGGACAGGUCCCGCGACGGCUCCGAGGAGGAGGAAGAGGAGACAAUCAACGUGGCUUGUGAGGUUGUCCUUUUCGAACACUUGUUGUGGAUGCUCCACAAUGCCGAUCCUCCACCUGAGUCGCUCGAUGAACUCGCCGAUUUUUACGCGUGUUGAUUGGUUAUUGGUUGAUCCUCUCGAGUCCACGACCAACACAGGACGAGUGAGAGGGUUUUGAUUAAUUAAUUGCUGUGUAUUUGUCUCGGGUGGCGUUAUCUUCGACCCAUGUUUUAAUUUAUAUGACAAAUAGUGAAUGAGUGUUGCUGUUGUUCUUCGUAAACUCUCUUUUCUUUCUCUCUUUCUAAACUCGUUUAAUUGUUCACACGUAAAAAAAAUUGUCUAGGGUGAAUGGGUGAUGGUAUAUUACAAGUUUCGCAUUCAGUAGAAUAAGAAAUAAAUUUGAUAA